AAUAUUUCUGAAAGGAUGCUUCAAAACUCCAGACUGGAGCCAGCCAGCGCGUGUGUCUAAACUGGAGCUGAACGGAUCUACGAAACUGCCCGGACCAAGCAGUGGGGUACAGUUUGAUUCUGCAGAACAAAACCCAGAUCUGAGAAGCGUUCUGGUUUUACCUGCUCACUGGAAAUAUUUAACCAGGGCUGUCUGCAGCUCAGUGCGUUGCUGAGGGGGAGCCAACUUGGAGAGAGAAGCGUUUGGGGAACACCUCUGAAGCGUCGAUUGGUUUUUGUCUGAGGCUAAACUUUCAAAGCGGCACCAUGGCACCGUUCAUUGAGCCUUUUCUGUUCUUUUUGGUCAUCUUCAACCCACUUAUCACCAAAUCUUUCACGGAGGAAAUUGAGGUUUUGGUGUUUUUGCCACAAAAUGACUCUUUCCUGUUUUCACAUGCAAGAGUCGCACCAGCGAUCCGUUACGCACAGGACAGACUGAAGGCAGAAUAUCCAGGUUUCCACUUCAACAUUCACUUUGAGAACUCCGACUUGGCCAACCACGCUUUGUUCACGCUGGCGGACAGGUCGUGUAACCUGAAGCCAGACUUGAUCCUCGGUCCAGUACGUGAGUACGAGGCGGCAGGUGUGGUGAGGCUGGCAUCCCACUUGAAAAUUCCGGUGAUAUCUGCAGGUGCUCUGGCCACCGCUUUCAAGAACAAGGAGACGGAGUACACUCACCUGACUCGGAUCGCCCCUUCCUACGUUAAAAUGGCAGAGACCUUCACAGCGAUGUUCGAGCACUUCACAUGGAAGAGCGCACUGCUGCUGAUCGAAGACGACACGAAGGAGCGGGACUGUUACUUCACUUUGGAGGGAGUCUAUCAUUUAAUGGAUGACUAUAAUGUGGAAGUUGAAAUAAUCCAUGAACAGGCACCUUUCAAUAUUGAAGAAAAAUUCAAGAAUAAUCAGGACAUGGAAGUGGUGAUCAUGUGUGCCGGAGCAGACAGGAUUCGAGAAAUCAUGCUUGCAGCACACAAGCAGCAGCUGACCAAUGGCAGUUAUAUAUUUUUUAAUGUUGAUCUCUUCAAUGCCUCUUCUUAUGGCAAUGGUUCUUGGAAGAGAGAGGAUGAGUUUGACGACGAUGCCAGGCAAGCCUAUGCCUCCCUAAACACAGUGACUCUACUCAGAACAGUCAAGCCAGAGUAUGAGAACUUCUCCAUCGAGAUGAAAAGAUCCAUAGAGGGACUUGGCCUUUAUGACUGCAAUGACUGUGGAAAUGUUAACAUGUUUAUUGAAGGAUUCCAUGAUGCCAUGGUGCUAUAUUCCAUUGCGUUACAUGAAGGCAUGAAGAAUGGAUACUCAAAGACAAACGGUACUGAGAUAACCUCACACAUGUGGAACAGAACUUUUGAAGGAAUUGCUGGCCAGGUAUCCAUAGAUGUCAAUGGUGAUAGAGUCGGCGAUUUCUCUUUGAUGGCUAUGACCAACAUUGAAGCAGGUAGCUAUGAGGUGGUAGUCAACUACUUUGGGGGAAAUAAAACUUUUCAGCUGUUGCCUGCCUUCAACAGUGAUCAUUUCACUCUGACAAGAAGAAAGGAAGUGCCAAAAAAAGAAAAAGAAGUGGAAAAUCAUUCAUGUGGACUGGGAGUAUCAGCCUUAACUGGAGUCACGGUUGGAGCUGUUCUUGGAGCUCUAAUGCUGAUAGCAUUCUACUUUUUCAGAAAAAACUACAGGAUAACUAUCCAGCGGCGUACACGUGUUGAAGAGCCUGAAUCCAUGAAGCACCAUCAGUUAAGAGAGGACUCCAUAAGAUCAAACUUCUCAGCAGCUUAAUCCACAUUAAGGAUGAGUUCCUGACAGAAGAUUGUACAUGUGAAUGUGGAUAAAGUUUUUACUGUAUUUUUCAGUGAUUCCAUAUCCGCUGCAAUUUGACAUUUCUUGUUUAGGACAGAUUUACUAAUUAGAACCUGGGUCUGUUUUAACAGGUAUACACCCCAGUCACUUCAGACUUUCCUUAAACACACAAAGAUAAAGUUUACUGGUGAGCUGAAGAAUGCCCAG